AUGGAGCUCUAUGAGACAUCCCCCUACUUCUACCAGGAACCCCACUUCUAUGACGGGGAGAACUACCUGCCCGUCCACCUCCAGGCCUUUGAGCCACCAGGCUAUGAGCGGACUGAGCUCAGCCUGAGCCCCGAGGCCCGAGGGCCCCUUGAGGACAAGGGGCUGGGGACCCCCGAGCACUGCCUGGGCCAGUGCCUGCCGUGGGCGUGCAAGGUGUGCAAGAGGAAGUCGGUGUCGGUGGACCGGCGGCGUGCGGCCACACUGAGGGAGAAGCGCAGGCUCAAGAAGGUGAAUGAGGCCUUCGAGGCUCUGAAGAGGAGCACCCUGCUCAACCCCAACCAGCGGCUGCCCAAGGUGGAGAUCCUGCGCAGCGCCAUCCAGUACAUCGAGCGCCUGCAGGCCCUGCUCAGCUCCCUCAACCAGGAAGAGCGGGACCUCCGCUACCGAGGCGGGGGCGGGCCCCAGCCAGGGGUGCCCAGUGAAUGCAGCUCCCACAGCGCCUCCUGCAGUCCAGAGUGGGGCAGCACACUGGAGUUUGGCCCCAACACAGGGGAUCACCUGCUCACAGCUGACCCUACGGAUGCCCACAACCUGCACUCUCUCACCUCCAUUGUGGACAGCAUCACAGUGGAAGAUGUCUCUGUGGCCUUUCCAGAUGAAACCAUACCUAACUGA